CCAGUCCUUGGUAUCCGGUAUGGGUGAUUGCCGGGAAGUGGAGGAGUUGUUGGGCUCUGAUGGUUUCAAGGACAUUUUGUUGAUUGGAUUUUGAUUCUUCAGAAAUUAAAAAAGGGAACUCGUAGGAUGGGUGAAGCAGCAAUGAGUUUAGAGUAGAUUUGUGCGUUGUGUUUUCGCUUUCACUGUUUCUGUGCGCUGACGUUGGAUGUUUCUUUGUCCUCACAAGAACAGAAGCGGGGACCAGCGAUACUUAUAUCUCCAUCUGCGCCGGCACCUCCCGGUACAAGAUACUUGCACCAUGCAAUGCAAGUUUAUGCUUCUUUCUUUGGCCCAAAUACAUUUAGUGGCACCGGCUGUGCAAAGCCGGUUGUCGUAGCAUUGGUCUGUUACUUCUGUCGGCGCCCAGUGACUGUAGUGACACGGGGUCCUGCAAAAUGCAGUAGUAGGCGUGAAACUGGAAGGUCUAGUGGGAAAAAAAAAAAGAUGGGUACAAGAUCAGGCCAAAGCUCCAAGGACGCGUGGUGUCGCACUGUUGGAUGCGGAAGAAGCUCUGCGAAUCUAAGAUCUGGGAAGAUGCACGAUAGGCUGGCUGCACCAUCAUAUCUGAUCCCUGACCAGCAGGCUGGAACAAUGCCUCGACACUUCCGCCAAAAAUUCGCCUCAGUGGUUAAGGUACGUCAAUAUCAGCAUGCGUCCGCAUUUUGCAAGCAUCUUAACUCCGGUGUCAACUUGAGCCGACGUCGAUCACGUCGUAACUAGUUGGACAUGGACUUGACCAGACUCCAAGGGAUACUUCUGUUUAAGCUACUAUGUACUGUUGAAAUUUGGUAGGUUCCUG